GAUCUUUUUAAGAAACUUGUGCCCAAUGAAUGUUUAGGGUCCAACUGGUCUGAACAACCAGAUCUGGCACCAACCGUCUGGGCCAUCGUUGCACAUUUCAAUAAUGUUAAGAAAUGUGUCACCAGCACCAUAUUUAGGCCUCAACAGCUGAAACCACAGCAGAGGGCUAAAAUCAUUGAGAAAUGGAUUGAUGUUGCCCAGGAAUGUAGGAUUUUGCAAAAUUUCUCUUCAGUACGUGCAAUUACCUCUGCAUUGCAAUUGAAUAAUGUAUUCAAGUUGCAGAAGACUUGGGCAGCCGUGUCAAAGAGCAGGAAGACAACAUUUGAAGAGCUUUCAAAUAUAUUCUCUGAAGAAGAUAACUUUAUGGCAAGUAGACAGCUGCUAAUGCAGGAUGGAGCUUCAAAAUUUGCCGCCCUCGACAGCACUUUGAAGGAAAACAAAAUACUGACACACAAAACGCUAAAAGUGACAAAGAAGAAGGGUAUAGUUCAGGGAAUUGUGCCAUACCUGGGAAUUUUCUUCACAGAUUUAACAAAGUUGGAUUCAGCUUUCCCUAAUUAUCGUUUCAAUGGCUUGAUCAACUUUGACAAGAGACGAAAGUUAGUACGGAAAAUUGCACUGUGCAAAAUGUUUGGAAUUGUAUGAAAGGGGAAGAGCGUGCCUUUCAAUAUUGUAGUGCUUUUUUUGCUUGAUGGGGGAUGUAGGGGGAGUCUACAACUGCAUCUUAAAUGUAGAUGAUCACUAAUAAAUCCAAUAAAAGAAUUCAGGAGAAGCUUUGUUGCUCAGAGCAGUCAGAUUGCAGAACCUGCUGCUACCAGGACUAGUUGAGAAGAUGAGCACAGAUUUAUUUGAGAGAAAGUUAGAUGUCAGAAAGGUCACAAAGAGGCAUAUUAAGAGUUUGAAGCAAGGUGGGAGAAGUGUAAAGACCAGCAUGGAGCAGUUCAGCCAAAAGACCUGCUUUUGCGCUGCUGAUGUGAUGCAAUCUACCUUUCAGCAGUCACAACCAGGUACAGGACUUCCCAGGUGUUAUGUGAAUGAAGAUGUUGUUAAAUUAGUCCAUUAUAGAAGAACCUGAGUAAAUAAUCUCUCCAUAUUAGUUAGUGUUUUCCUUCAGAAGAGAGGCAUCAGUUAGUCAUGGGAUGUCAGAAAUUGAGGGAGUGCAGCUGUUGGGGUUAUCACUGACUGGGCAUUUCAUUCCAUAUUUCUGAAUUUGGUAAUACCAACUUCUCAAACAUCUCUGUUGCUGUGGUUACUGUUGAGGGUAUCAUACAAUCCCUAUAGUGUGGAAACAGGCUAUUCGGCCCAACAAGUCCACACUG